AAGCGAACAAAGAGAGAGACAGAGAGAUAGUUGGAAGAGGUGCUGACUCUUUCUAAUGCUAUGUGGAGGGGGCACCUCCAUUCUCUAGCUUCUCCUCUCCUUUCCAACCCUAACCCCUAACCUUUAUAUCGGCGUUCUCGUUUUGGCAGAUAAAAUGGUUAAUUCGUGUUGCGUUUGUGGCAUUGAAGCAGAACCACGGAGUGAUCGUUCUUUUCACAGUGCGGAGAAGGAAAGGAGGAGAAUGGAGGUGCCCCCUCCACAUAGCAUUAGAAAGAGUCAGCACCUCUUCCAACUAUCUCUCUGUCUCUCUCUUUGUUCGCUUCACUCGCUCGGCCUGGCGUGCCUGGUCUAUCUAUACAACGUCUUUGGAUAGCGCACUCUCCAAACGCACCUUGCGUGUGUAACUGCGUUUACGUUAGCUCUACCAGUAUUUUAGCAUCAUUGUGACUUGUGUCAGGUCGGAUCGAGUCGAGCAUCAUAUACCGCAGUAGUAACGCGGAUAGCAAAAAGGCAGAGAAAGGCGGUGUGAAAUCGGUGUGAAAUAGUGUGAAAAAACAAUCAAAAUACGCUUGUAAUCAUGAGUGUCAUUACCUGCCGUGCACCGUGCAAUAUUGCAGUUAUUAAAUACUGGGGAAAGAGAGAUGAAGCCUUAAUUUUGCCAACCAAUGAUUCUAUAAGUAUUACCAUAGACAUGCGCGAAAUGUAUGCAGAAACUACUGUCAUGAUCAGCCAGGACUUUAAAGAAGAUCGUAUUUGGCUGAAUAAGAAAGAAGAGGAUAUAAAAAAUCCAAGACUUCAAAAUUGUUUGAAUGAAAUCAAGAAACGGUCGAAUUUACCAGGCCAUAUGAAUGAUUGGAAGGUUCGCAUCUGUUCGAUCAACAGUUUUCCAACUGCGGCUGGUUUAGCCUCCAGUGCUGCAGGAUACGCGUGUCUAACGGCGGCAUUAGCUAAGCUUUACAAAGUAGAGGGUGACAUCAGUUCUAUAGCACGUUCCGGCUCUGGUUCAGCAUGUCGCAGUGUUAUGGGUGGUUUUGUGAGAUGGUACAUGGGAUCGGAUAAACAUGGCGCGGAUAGUUUCGCAAAAGAAAUCGCGCCUUCCUCUCAUUGGCCAGAAUUGAGGGCUUUAUUGAUAAUUGUAAACAGUGAACGGAAAAAAAUAUCGAGCACGAUCGGCAUGAGAAGAAGCAUGGAGACAUCUGAAUUCCUGCAGCACAGAAUAGCGAAUGUGGUCCCGGAAAGAGCCGAUAAAAUGGAACGUGCGAUUAUCGAGAAGGAUUUUAAGAUCUUCGCUGAGCUCACUAUGAAGGAUUCUAAUCAGAUACAUGCCGUAUGUCUCGACACGUAUCCUCCCUGCACUUACAUGAAUGAUAUUUCCUAUAGUAUUGCAGAUUUUGUACAUUCAUAUAAUGAUGCAGUGGAUGACGUAAAGGUUGCAUACACUUACGAUGCAGGACCGAAUGCAACAUUAUACUUAAUGGAGGAAGACUUGCCGGCGGUAAUAGGUGCCUUGGAUCAUUUCUUCCCUCCUCCUGAAGACAAUACGGUCCUGUAUAAAAGAGGAUUACGCAUUGAAGAGACCAAACCUUCACAAGAACUAUUGGAGAAAUUGAAGUUCCGAAAGCAUUCACCAGGACAAUUUGAGUAUACCAUAUGUAGUAAAGUAGGAGAUGGUCCUGUAUAUCUCAAAACUCACUUAUUAAAUGAUCAGGGGAUUCCUUUGUUUGAAUAUAAUAAGAGUUCUUAAUAUAUAUUUUUAUAACAUAUAUAUAUAUAUAUAUAUU